AUGGUGAACACCGAGAUCACACGUCUUCGCGCGUUGGCCGACGACGCCACGCGUGACUACGCGGCGAAACGCGACGCGGCGGCCAAGGCAGUUACAGAGGCAGAGCGCAUGCAGCUGAACAUCGCGGCCGACGGAAAUCGCACCGAAGCGAAGUGGGCGGUCGCCGUUCAGGCCCGCAAGGACGCCGCCGCCGCCGCCGUCGCCGCGCAGGAGCAGACGUCAAUGUGGGCUGACGUGGCGAAGUCAACAGCAGCAACGCUGGCCUCUGAGGUCCGGCACGCAGCCAAUGCCGAGAGCGCGACGCCGAGUGGGCUGCAGCUCAAGGAAGCCGCGAGCAACAGCAUGACGGCGGAGGCGAAAAGGGCGUCCGCGGCCCUCGUGAUGGCAAUGAUCGAUGUAGCAAAAGAGAAGCAGGAGGAGGUCGCGCUGCUGCAGCGAGUGACGGCCGACGCCGUGGAGGAGAGUAAGACGGCGAAGCAUGACGAAAUCGAGGCGUACAUCAAGCGGUUGGAAAACGAUCUCUCCUCGAAGUCCACAGAGGCGCAAAGCCUUCGCGAGAAGGCAUCGGAGGCGCAGAGGUCAGCAACUCAGGCCUUGCGACAGGCUAAGGAAACUGUGCUACUCACAAACAGCUCUGAGCUGAACAACGGUGUCGACCAGGUGCUGGGCGCGAGGAAGAACGAAGCUGAGGGACGGGGGUGCUGUGUUGCCCUGUAG